CAAAUUAAUCAUAUAGUUCUUUCAAAUGGAUGAAAGUUCAUCUCAAGCACUUCUCCUUCCAAAUGGAAAUUAUGAAGCUACUGCUUUUGUUAACAAGUUUUUAUCUACAAUGCUCAAAUGGGUUCUCAAAUUUGUAAUGUGGGCAGCUUUCAUUACAUGGCUUCUUAUUAUUUUCAUUUACCCUCUACAAUCAGUAGAAACACUGGUUACAGACUGGACUGAUAAGAUUAGGGAUUCUUUUCUUGGCUACACAGGGAGUGUGUUUCUAUUGUUCAGCGGCCCGGUUAUCAUAAUUGCACUACUUUCUGUGGUGUACCUUAACCUUAGUUCUGGUGAAGGAGAGAUCCAAGAGAUAACGGGACCCAAAAGACCAAGCUACCGUAUGUGGACAUUUCCUGUGCUUGUUGAAGGGCCAUUAGGGGUAGUUUCAGCAGCAGAGUUGGUUGGGAUUCUGCUUUUUGCGGUUUACAUACUGUGGGUUGCUGGUGUCUAUGCUGUGCAGAAACUCAGUAUCAUUUUUGUCAACACUGAAUUCACUACUCUACUAAAAUGGUCAUGGUUUUUCCGAAUGACGGCUCGUGGGUUUGGAUUAGUGGGAGCAUUCUGCUUAUCAUUUAUGUUUAUACCAGUUUCAAGGGGUUCAGUUCUCCUUCGCCUUCUGAAUAUUCCUUUUGAACAUGCUAUUAGAUACCAUAUUUGGCUGGGCCAUCUUUGCAUGUGCCUUUUCACUUUGCAUGGAUCUUUUUACUUCAUUGGAUGGAUCAUGUCAGGAGAAAUCCCUUCCGAACUUAUUUCAUGGACACCUACUGAUGGUGCCAAUCUAGCAGGAAUUAUCAACAUCUUCUUUGGUUGGUCAAUUUGGAUAACAUCACUUCCUUUUGUUAGACCGAAGAAUUUCGAGUUGUUUUAUUACACUCAUCACCUAUAUAUCAUCUUCAUUAUCUUCUUCGCUAUGCAUGUUGGUAACUUUUUCUUCUGUAUAGCUGCUGGAUCCAUUUUUCUUUUCAUGAUUGAUCGGUUUUUAAGAUUUUGUCAAUCUCGAAAGACUGUUGAUAUAGUUUCGACUACAUACUUUCCUUGUGGAGUCGUGGAACUAGUGCUUUCAAGACCCGAAUGUCUAAACUACAAUGCUCUUAGUGCUGUUUUCCUUCGGUUUAGAGGAAUAUCAUUUAUGCAAUGGCAUCCGUUUAGUGUGUCAUCUAGUCCUCUAAACGGUAAAAACUGCAUAUCAAUCCUAAUAAAGGCGUGUGGAGAUUGGACAUCAAGACUAAAAGACCAUAUUUCUGAGGAAAAUGAAGAACAAGAGCAGCUCAAUUUGCAUCACUCUUCUAAGCUUACAGCUUCUAUUGAAGGGCCUUAUGGGCAUGAAUUGCCAUACCAAUUGGAGUAUGAAAAUCUUGUUUUAGUAGCAGGAGGAAUCGGGAUCUCGCCAUUCAUUGCUAUCUUGAGUGACGUUAUUUAUCGGAUUAAGCAAGGGAAACCAUGUCUUCCAAGAAACAUAAUUCUUGUUUGGACUAUGAAAAGAUCAAACGAGCUUUCUAUUCUUUCAACAAUUGGCAUGGAAUCAAUUCGUUCAUUACCCUUUGAUAAGCUACAUCUUGAGAUGCUUAUUUAUGUCACUCAACAAUUAGAAACUGUACUGGAGAACGGUGUGUCUCACAAGGAUAUAAGGUCUUGUAUCCAUUCUGUCUCAAAUGGAAAUGCAAUAUCUGUUGUAGCUAGUACAGGGAAUAAAAUGUGGUUUGCAGGAUAUGUAAUAUCAUCAAUAUUUGGCUUAUUUAUAUUAAUAAGUCUACUGAACGUCUUCUAUAUUACCCCUUAUGAAAUCACAAAUUGGUGGUAUCAAGCACUCCUCCUUUUAGCAUGUAUGGUAGCCAGUGUUGUAAGCUUUGGUGGUGUUGUGCUUGCUUUAUGGUAUAACUGGGAGAAGACCAAUUCAACUGAGGAGAAAGCAAAAAAUAAUGAGGAGCAGUACAAUGAGCAGCAUAUCAUGAAUAGCGAUUCAUUUUUGGAAAGUCUUGCUAGCUCAACAAGAAUACAGUAUGGUUCAAGACCAGACUUCAGAGAAAUUUUUGGUUCUAUAUCUAAGCUGUCAGGGUAUGUGGAUGUGGGAGUGAUUGUGUGUGGUCCUCCAACUUUGGAGGCAAGUGUUGCUACAGAAUGCAGGUCACUUAACAUGAGCAGAAAAUCUAAUGACCCUAUUUUCCACUUCAAUAGCAACAGUUUCAGUUUGUAAUUUACAUUUCAAAUUGUGUUGGGACCAUAAGAUAUACAUCGUACUACCAAUCUUUUGCUUCAUUUUAAAAUAGCAUUAGAUCUAUAACUCAUAUGGUUAUUCGCAUAUUACUUAGUUA